AAAAUCUACAAAUUUCCAAAGUCUAUAAAAAGUGCGAGAAAACCCUCUAUACUCUUUCGAAAAGCCAUGGAAGCUGCUACACAGAUCGUAUUGCUCAUGCUCUUGUUUAUCGCCACAGCCGUUCCUCUUUUCAUUUCCGGAGAAAAUUUCGACGUCCGCCGCCAUCUAUCCACCGUUACUAGAUAUCAAGUCGGUAAGGAUAUUUCUGAAAAUUCAUAUAUUCCUUCAACAAUUCCUGAUCAGUGUAGGCAUGUCCAUUUAAAUCUUGUGGCAAGGCAUGGAACUCGAGCUCCUACCAAGAAAAAGAUGAAAGAACUUGAUUCCUUGUUCACUCGCCUGGAAGUCCUUUUAGAAAAUAUGAAGGAGCAGAGUGUAAGUGUGGUUCCUGCAUGGCUACGAAAGCAUAAAGGUGGAGAGUUGAUAAGUGAAGGAGAAAAUGAACUGUAUGAACUUGGUAUCAGGAUCAGAGAAAGGUUUUCAGAAUUGUUUAAUGAGGAUUGCCAUCCUGAUAUCUAUCCAAUUAAAGCCACUCAGAUUUCACGAGCCUCGGCUAGUGUUGUAGCUUUUGGCUUGGGCCUCUUCAGCGGUCGUGGAAAUCUUGGUCCGGGACGUAAUCGAGCUUUUGCAGUUACCAGUGAAAGCCGUGCAAGUGACAUAAUGUUGAUAUUCCACGAUUGCUGUCAUAACUACAAGGCGUUCAGGAAAAGUCAAGCACCAUCUGUGGAUAAGUUCAAAGAACAUGUGCUAGAUGAAAUAACUCAAGCAUUAGUUACGCGUUGGGGUCUGAAUUUCACUCGAAAAGAUGUCUCAUCCCUGUGGUUUCUGUGCAAACAGGUUGGUUUGCUGGAGUGGACAGAUGACUUGGAGGUCUUUGUACUGAAAGGCUAUGAUGUAAUCAAUUCAAUGGAGCAAGCUAUUAAGGAUACAGAAGAUGGACGUGUUCAUGGGAGCUAUGAAUUGGCCAGACUAAGGUUUGCCCAUGCAGAAACACUACUUCCAUUUUCCUGUUUGAUCGGGCUAUUUCUUGAUGGAACGGGUGAAAAAACUCUGAACCUACCUGUCAAACCACCCCAAAAGAGAAUCUGGCGUGGCAGCACAGUGGCACCAUUUGCCGGAUAUAACAUGCUCGUUCUGUACAGCUGCCCAACAAACAACAAGAGCGAGUAUUUGUGCAAGUACUGCACAAUGAGCAUCCUAUUCCAAUGGCGAAUGACGAGUAUAGAAUGUAGGAUGUAUGAGGCUAGGUACCCGGAGGUGGACCAGGCGGUGAUGAUACAGGUGAAAAGCAUGGCCGACAGCGGCGCGUACGUCUCACUCCUCGAGUACAACAUCGAGGGCAUGAUUCUCUUCUCCGAGCUCUCUCGCCGCCGUAUCCGUAGCAUCAGCAGCCUAAUCAAGGUCGGCCGCAUCGAGCCCGUCAUGGUGCUCCGUGUCAAUAAAGAGAAGGGGUACAUUGAUCUGAGCAAGAGGCGUGUGUCGGAAGAGGAUAUUCAGGCGUGCGAGGAAAGGUACAAUAAGAGCAAGCUCGUUCACUCGGUUAUGCGACAUGUUGCUGAGACCUUGAGCCUUGACCUCGAGGAUCUUUAUAUCCAUGUCGGCUGGCCUUUGUACAGGAAAUAUGUCCACGCAUUUGAGGCGUUCAAAUUGAUUGUCAACGAUCCUGAUUCGAUCCUUGAUUCCCUCACUCGUGAAGUCAAAGAAGUGGGUCCUGAUGGAGAAGAGGUGAAGAAGGUGGCUCCGGCUAUAACUGAUGAAGUAAAAGAUGCUUUAGUGAAGAAUAUUAGGAGAAGAAUGACGCCACAACCUUUAAAGAUUCGUGCCGAUAUUGAAAUGAAAUGUUUUCAGUUUGAUGGGGUCCUGCACAUAAAGGUAGCAAUGCGUAGAGCUGAAUCUGCUGGCAACAAAGAUUGCCCCGUUAAAAUUAAGCUGGUUGCUCCUCCAGCAUAUGUGCUUAACACUCAAACUCUUGACAAGUCUAUAAAAAGUGCGAGAAAACCCCCUAUACUCUUUCGAGAAGCCAUGGAAGCUGCUACACAAAUCGUAUUGCUCAUGCUCUUGUUUAUCGCCACAGCCGUUCCUCUUUCCGUUUCCGGAGAAAAUUUCGACGUCCGCCGCCAUCUAUCCACCGUUACUAGAUAUCAAGUCGCUAAGGAUAUUUCUGAAAAUUCAUAUAUUCCUUCAACAAUUCCUGAUCAGUGUAGGCCUGUCCACUUAAAUCUUGUGGCAAGGCAUGGAACUCGAGCUCCUACCAAGAAAAAGAUGAAAGAACUUGAUUCCUUGUCCACUCGCCUGGAAGUCCUUUUAGAAAAUAUGAAGGAGCAGAGUGUAAGUGUGGUUCCUGCAUGGCUACGUGGAUGGAAAUCUCCGUGGACAGGAAAACAUAAAGGUGGAGAGUUGAUAAGUGAAGGAGAAAAUGAACUGUAUGAACUUGGUAUCAGGACCAGAGAAAGGUUUCCAGAAUUGUUUAAUGAGGAUUACCAUCCUGAUAUCUAUCCAAUUAAAGCCACUCAGAUUUCACGAGCCUCGGCUAGUGCUGUAGCUUUUGGCUUGGGCCUCUUCAGCGGUCGUGGAAAUCUUGGUCCGGGAUAUAAUCGAGCUUUUGCAGUUACCAGUGAAAGCCGUGCAAGUGACAUAAUGUUGAGAUUCCACGAUUGUUGUCAAAACUACAAGGUAAAAUCACUUCUGAAGAGUUUGUGGGAAUGCAUUAUUGGUGUAUGCCUCUAUUACGUGACUGCUUAUAUAGUACUGGCGUUCAGGAAGAGUCAAGCACCAUUUGUGGAUAAGCUCAAGGAACCUGUGCUAGAUGAAAUAACUCAAGCAUUAGUUAUGCGUUGGGGUCUGAAUUUCACUCGAAAAGAUGUUUCAUUGUUGUGGUUUCUGUGCAAACAGGAAGCUUCUCUAUUGAAUACAACUGAUCAAGCUUGUGCUCUGUUCACUCCAGAUGAGGUUGGUUUGCUGGAGUGGACAGAUGAUUUGGAGGUCUUUGUACUGAAAGGCUAUGGUAAUUCGUUGAAUUACCGUAUGGGAGUUCCUUUGCUUGAAGAUGUAAUCAAUUCAAUGGAGCAAGCUAUUAAGGAUACUAAAGAUGGACGUGUUCAUGGGAGCUAUGAAUUGGCCCGACUAAGGUUUGCCCAUGCAGAAACACUACUUCCAUUUUCCUGUUUGAUCGGGCUAUUUCUUGAUGGAAUGGAUUUUGAACAAAUACUAAGUGAAAAAACUCUGAACCUACCUGUCAAACCACCCCAAAAGAGAAUCUGGCGUGGCAGCACAGUGGCACCAUUUGCCGGAAAUAACAUGCUCGUUCUGUACAGCUGCCCAACAAACAACAAGAGCGAGUACUUUGUGCAAGUACUGCACAAUGAGCAUCCUAUUCCAAUGGCGGGUUGUGGAAAUUCUGACUUUUGCCCUUUCAAGAUGUUCAAGGAAAAAAUUGUUGCUGUUCAUUUGAAGCACAAUUACGAGUCUCUUUGUAGUUUGGAAACUGCACAUUGUGAGUCCGAACGAGCUAAUGUUGGACAAGUCGAUAUUGCUUCCCUUGCCGGGAAAAGUCAAGCACCAUCUGUGGGUAAGUUCAAAGAACCUGUGCAAGAUGAAAUAACUCAAGCAUUAGUUACGCGUUGGGGUCUGAAUUUCACUCGAAAAGAUGUCUCAUCCCUGUGGUUUCUGUGCAAACAGGAAGCUUCUCUAUUGAAUACAACUGAUCAAGCUUGUGCUCUGUUCACUCCAGAUGAGGUUGGUUUGCUGGAGUGGACAGAUGACUUGGAGGUCUUUGUACUGAAAGGCUAUGGUAAUUCGUUGAAUUACCGUAUGGGAGUUCCUUUGCUUGAAGAUGUAAUCAAUUCAAUGGAGCAAGCUAUUAAGGAUACUGAAGAUGGACGUGUUCAUGGGAGCUAUGAAUUGGCCAGAGUAAGGUUUGCCCAUGCAGAAACACUACUUCCAUUUUCCUGUUUGAUCGGGCUAUUUCUUGAUGGAACGGAUUUUGAACAAAUACUAAGUGAAAAAACUCUGAACCUACCUGUCAAACCACCCCAAAAGAGAAUCUGGCGUGGCAGCACAGUGGCACCAUUUGCUGGAAAUAACAUGCUCGUUCUGUACAGCUGCCCAACAAACAACAAGAGCGAAAAACCCAUAUUAUAUUAUUUGGAAAAUACUUUAUAUCCUAAAGUAAAUCUUUAUGUCUCAAAACUAUCUCGCUCUAAAAUUCCCACAAAACCAAAUUCUCCAUAAAAAAACUCCUAAACUGAAACCAUCAAUCAGUGAAGAAUGACGAGUCUAGAAUGUAGGAUGUAUGAGGCUAGGUACCCGGAGGUGGACCAGGCGGUGAUGAUACAGGUGAAAAGCAUGGCCGACAGCGGCGCGUACGUCUCACUCCUCGAGUACAACAUCGAGGGCAUGAUUCUCUUCUCCGAGCUCUCUCGCCGCCGUAUCCGUAGCAUCAGCAGCCUAAUCAAGGUCGGCCGCAUCGAGCCCGUCAUGGUGCUCCGUGUCAAUAAAGAGAAGGGGUACAUUGAUCUGAGCAAGAGGCGUGUGUCGGAAGAGGAUAUUCAGGCGUGCGAGGAAAGGUACAAUAAGAGCAAGCUCGUUCACUCGGUUAUGCGACAUGUUGCUGAGACCUUGAGCCUUGACCUCGAGGAUCUUUAUAUCCAUGUCGGCUGGCCUUUGUACAGGAAAUAUGUCCACGCAUUUGAGGCGUUCAAAUUGAUUGUCAACGAUCCUGAUUCGAUCCUUGAUUCCCUCACUCGUGAAGUCAAAGAAGUGGGUCCUGAUGGAGAAGAGGUGAAGAAGGUGGCUCCGGCUAUAACUGAUGAAGUAUGCUUUAGUGAAGAAUAUUAGGAGAAGAAUGACGCCACAACCUUUAAAGAUUCGUGCCGAUAUUGAAAUGAAAUGUUUUCAGUUUGAUGGGGUCCUGCACAUAAAGGUAGCAAUGCGUAGAGCUGAAUCUGCUGGCAACAAAGAUUGCCCCGUUAAAAUUAAGCUGGUUGCUCCUCCAGCAUAUGUGCUUAACACUCAAACUCUUGACAAGUUCAGUAGUAUGGGAUCUGAUGAAGGAGAAAGGCUGGUACAAGAAGUUAACCCUGUUAUCACACAAGACAUCACACAAGACCUGAACUCUAAACUCACAGCACCCAUUGGGGAUGAUGAAAUAAAAGCAGCCCUCUUCAGUAUCAACCCCAGAAAAUCCCCUGGAAUUGAUGAGUCUAUAAAAAGUGCGAGAAAACCCCCUAUACUCUUUCGAGAAGCCAUGGAAGCUGCUACACAGAUCGUAUUGCUCAUGCUCUUGUUUAUCGCCACAGCCGUUCCUCUUUCCGUUUCCGGAGAAAAUUUCGACGUCCGCCGCCAUCUAUCCACCGUUACUAGAUAUCAAGUCGCUAAGGAUAUUUCUGAAAAUUCAUAUAUUCCUUCAACAAUUCCUGAUCAGUGUAGACCUGUCCACUUAAAUCUUGUGGCAAGGCAUGGAACUCGAGCUCCUACCAAGAAAAAGAUGAAAGAACUUGAUUCCUUGUCCACUCGCCUGGAAGCCCUUUUAGAAAAUAUGAAGAAGCAGAGUGUAAGUGUGGUUCUUUCAUGGCUACGUGGAUUGAAAUCUCCGUGGACAGGAAAAUAUAAAGGUGGAGAGUUGAUAAGUGAAGGAGAAAAUGAACUGUAUGAACCAGGACCACCAGGACCAGAGAAAGAUUUCACGAGCCUCGGCUAGUGCUGUAGC